AUGUCCAAAACAGCCCUAGAAUCCGCCUACAAAACCCUCCUCCAAAGAAAUUGUCUACGAAAAGAUCCCCACCAAGCAGCUCUAGUCUCCAGACUUUCCCUGCUCCAAGAUGAACUCUCCAACACGAAUACCCCAUCCCUGCUAGCCCGUCAAAAACAUCAACCCAUCAAUGGCCUUUACAUCCACGGAACGGUUGGAAYGGGAAAGUCACGGCUAGCAGAUCUCUUCACGGAAACAUUACCCGCAUCCAUAUCAUCCCGAAGAGUGCAUUUCCAUGAAUUCAUGAAUGAUAUUCAUUCGCGUCUGCAUAUCGCUCGGUCGGCGGCGAAUUAUUCUGGUGAUCCGUUGGUGGCGAUUGGGAAGACGAUUCAUCAAGAAUCUCGCGUCUUGUGUUUUGAUGAGUUUCAAAUCACUGAUAUUGCGGAUGCGAUGAUUCUAGGGAGGUUGUUUGGGAGUAUUUGGAGGGAAGGAGGGGUGAUGGUGAGUACGAGUAAUCGGCAUCCUACUGGACUUUAUGAGAAUGGGUUGAAUCGAGAUGUCGUGGUGCCUUUUAUUAGGGAAUUGCAGCGGAGGUGUGAGGUGUGGGAGAUUGGUGGUCGGGAGGACUAUCGGAUGAGAAGUUCAAAUGGUGGGGAAAGAGAGGAGACUUUCUUUACUGAUCGGAGAUUGUUCGAUAAGAAGUUGGCGCAUCACAUGGAAGGACAGGCAUUGGAGAGGGUUUCGCUUCCAGUAUACGGACUGAGGAAAUUGGAAGUCAAUGCCAUUCGAUCCGAUCAUGAUGAGGAAAGCGGAGGGAGGAGAUUGCGACUCAUUAGUGGGGACUUUGAUGAGUUUUGUCGCGGAUAUCUUGGUUCGGCAGACUAUCACGCCCUCUGCUCCUCAACAUCCACAAUCUUCCUCUCCGGUCUGAGGAGAUUUAUGUCAGAUGAGAAGGAUCUCGUCCGACGCUUCAUCACGAUGAUCGAUCUGGCAUAUGAGAAACAGACCAGGGUGUUUUGCGAAUCAACAGUACCUCUAGGAGAAGUGUUUGCCAACAUUGMGCCUGUCAACAGCAAGCUACGAAAUCAAUUGGCUGAAGGGAUGAGAGUUAAAGGCGAGGGUGGUGCCAGUUCUAGUAUGAUGUCGACAUUUAUUGGAGAGACGGAGUGGUCUGCGACGGGACUGAUGGRAGCUUCCCUCGCAACAGGCGGUGCUGGCGAGACAGAUGUUGGGUUUGCAGUGGGAAGGGCCAUCUCGAGGCUAUAUGAGAUGGGCAACAAGGACUACGGAGUUCGAGAUUGA